AAAAAAAAAUUCAUCAGAAAAUCUCUCACUUCUUCAAAGCCCCAAAAUCAAAAUCUCUCUCAGUUCUGGCUAGGAUAGCUAGAUUCCUGCCACAACAAAAUGGAUAGCCGGAUCGAAGAUGACGACGGCGACUUUUUCGCACCAUUCACUACGCCUACUGGUGCUACCAAUACCCCUGCCGCCGGCGAGAACCGUGAUGAUUUCAAUCCUUUCAGUCAGGACUUCAUUUUCGCUCCGCCUUCGCCGCCGCCGCCGCCGCCGCCGCUACUGAGUCACGGCUCCGACAACGGCAGCGAGGACGAGCGUAGCAACAAUUUCAAUUUCGGCCUCGAUGAGACUCAAAGGACGCCGAAGAUCUUUGACCGGUUCUACGAGUCCUCGUCCGACGACGAGGACGAGGAGUUCAACCGCCAGAACGACGCUACUCAGAAACGCCUCGAUUACAUGAUCCAGUUCCUCGACCGGAAGCUAUCGUCGCCGGCCGGCUCCACCUCAUUCAGCAAUCGCAACAACACCGGCACUAAUCAGAACCAGCCUCUGCCUGAAUUUGCAGGGCGAGGUGGCGGCAGGGGCAUAUUCAAGCUCCCGGUUCGGGCAGCGGUUCAUCCGGACAGACCGCCGUCCAUCGAGUUGAGGCCUCAUCCGUUGAGAGAAACGCAAAUUGGGCGGUUUUUGCGGAAUAUUGUUUGCACGGACGAUGGAUCUCAGAUGUGGGCCGGGUCGGAAUGCGGGGUUCGUGUUUGGAACUUAACGGAUAUUUAUGGCGUAGCUCCUGAUGAGGAAUUGGACAACGAUACCGCACCGUUCUGUGAAUCAGUGCAGACCCCGCCCACGCUGUGCCUGGUAGGAGAUGCUGGAAACCGGGUCGUGUGGAGUGGACAUAAAGAUGGCAGAAUCCGAUGCUGGAAAAUGGACGACGCAGGUGGAAAUCAGGGGAAGUUUCCGGAAUUACUAUCGUGGCGGGCUCAUCGUGGUCCGGUUCUCUCUAUGGUCAUGACUUCGUAUGGUGAUUUAUGGUCUGGAUCUGAGGGGGGUGCUAUCAAGAUCUGGACUUGGGAAGCAAUUGAGAAAUCAUUUUCUCUAACAGCAGAGGAACGCCACAUGGCUCCUUUAUUAAUAGAGAGGUCAUAUGUGGAUACUAGGAACCAACUUACAAUUAAUGGCAAUAGUAUAUUCUCUGCUGAUGUCAGAUAUAUGGUGUCUGAUCAUUCUGGUGCGAAAGUGUGGACUGCUGGCUACCUUUCUUUUGCAUUAUGGGAUGCUCGGACUUGGGAGUUAUUGAAAGUCUUCAACAUAGAUGGCCAGAUUGAAAACAUCUCAGCAGUCCAAGAUCCUAUAGUGGAAGAAGAGUUGAGGAUGAAGAUUGUAUCAAAGAAGGAGAAAUCACAGACCUCCAUCAGUUUCUUUCAGCGAUCGCGUAAUGCUAUUUUGGGAGCAGCUGAUGCUGUUCGUAGAGUUGCAGUAAAAGGAGGUUUUGGUGAUGAUUAUCGGAGAACUGAAGCAUUGGUCAAAACAAUUGAUGGAAUGAUUUGGACUGGGUGUGCUAAUGGAUUACUUGUCCAAUGGGAUGGAAAUGGGAAUCGUGUGCAUGAAGUUCAGUACCAUACUUCUUCUGUUCAAUGCUUUUGUAUGUUUGGAUCACGAAUAUGGGUAGGAUAUGCUAGUGGUACUGUCCAGGUAUUGGAUCUUAAUGGUAAAUCACUUGGAGAAUGGUUAGCUCAUGGGAGUCCAAUUAUAGGUUUGGGUAUUGCAGAUGGCUAUGUUUUCACCUUGGCCAAUCACGGUGGUAUACGUGGGUGGAGUAUAUUAUCUCCAGGACCAAUUGAUGGUCUAUUGCAUUCAGAGUUGUCUGAGAAGGACUUUUUAUAUACGAGGAUAGAAGAUAUGAAAAUAUUGGCUGGUACAUGGAAUGUUGGACAAGAAAGAGCAUCUCAUGACUCACUCAUAUCAUGGCUAGGUUCUGCAGCUGCAGAAGCUGGUAUUGUUGUUAUUGGGCUGCAGGAAGUGGAGAUGGGUGCUGGUUUUCUUGCAAUGUCUGCUGCUAAAGAAACAAUGCAGGUAGGCCUUGAUGUAAGCUCUGCUGGGCAAUGGUGGUUGGACAUGAUAGGGAAAACUUUGGAUGAAGGAUCAACUUUUGUGCGUGUUGGCUCCAGGCAGCUGGCAGGCUUGCUUAUUGCUGUAUGGGUGAGAAGUAAUGUCAGUCGUCAUGUUGGGGAUGUUGAUGUUGCAGCAGUUCCAUGUGGUUUUGGACGCGCAAUUGGGAACAAGGGAGCUGUAGGUUUGAGAAUGAGGGUGUAUGGUCGUGUUAUCUGCUUUGUGAACUGCCACUUUGCUGCACACUUGGAGGCUGUUGGUCGCCGUAAUGCUGAUUUUGAUCACGUAUAUCGAACAAUGGCCUUCAGUCGGCCAUCUAACUUUCCCAAUGCUGCUGGUAUAGUGCUAUACCUAUUUUCGUCUUCUUUGCUUGCCUUGUCAAUGUUUUUAACCUGGCAUGUUUAUGGUUGUCGCUUGCUAUUGGUCCUGUCUAUUGCAGCUAGCGUCUCAUCUGCAGUUCAAAUGCCUCGUGGUGCAAACGGAGCAGCUAACUCUUUAGAAGCUCUACCAGAGCUAUCCGAAGCAGAUAUGGUUGUCUUUCUGGGUGACUUCAACUAUCGUCUUGAUGGAAUAUCUUAUGAUGAAGCAAGGGAUUUUAUUUCUCAGAGGUGCUUUGACUGGCUAAAAGAGAGGGAUCAGUUGCAUACAGAAAUGGAAGCUGGUAAUGUCUUCCAAGGAAUGCGUGAGGCAGUUAUCAGGUUUCCUCCCACAUAUAAAUUUGAAAAGAACCAACCUGGUUUAGCUGGGUAUGAUUCUGGGGAAAAGAAGCGUAUUCCUGCCUGGUGUGACAGAAUUUUGUACCGUGAUAGCCGUCCCAGUUCAGUUACCACGUGCAGCUUAGAUUGUCCUGUAGUAUCUUCAAUUUUGCAGUAUGAAGCUUGCAUGGAUGUGACAGACAGUGACCACAAACCUGUGCGGUGCAUAUUCGGUGUUCAAAUUGCCCGGGUAGACGAGUCAGUGAGGAGGCAAGAAUUUGGAGAAAUCAUUAGAUCUAAUGAGAGGAUCAAGUCAAUUCUCAAAGAACUAUGUAAAGUUCCAGAGGUAAUUGUCAGUACAAACAACAUAAUCCUCCAAAACAUGGAUGCAUCCAUCUUGCGCAUUACAAAUAAGUGUGGGACGGGCAAAGCUCUAUUUGAGAUUAUCUGUGAAGGUGAGACCACUGUUAGGGAUGACGGUCAAGCGUAUGAUCAUCGUCCAAGAGGUUCUUUUGGUUUCCCCCGGUGGCUUGAGGUAAGUCCAGUGGCUGGGAUUAUUGAGCCAAAUCAUAUCAUCGAGGUCAUGGUUCAUCACAAGGAUUUCCAAACAGUAGAGGAAUUUGUGGAUGGUAUCCCGCAAAACUGUUGGUGUGAAGACGCCAGGGACAAGGAAAUCAUAUUGGUAGUCAGGGUCCGCGGCAGCUGCACCACGGAGAUGAAAUGCCACCGUAUCCGCGUUCGUCACUGCUUCCUAGGCAAGACUGUUCACCAGAGUAAAAAACCCAGCGACUCUAACCAUCUCCCCGCGGCCGCAAAUCUCCUCCACCGCUCUGAUAUUCAGCAUCUUAGCUCUUCAACUGAUGUUUUUGACCACCUUAAGAGUAUACACAGCCCCUGAAGCAGUCCGAGGAUGGUGUUUCUAUGUCAACUCCGAGGCCUGCCCAUAUAAAUAACUGCCAGAGAAUCAAUCUCAUACUAGAACAAUUUUCAACAAGUCGAUUUUUUUAGGCUGUUCUCCUUGGACAUGCCCAUUCUUUUAAGCCUGUUUUGUUAGCCAAUCCUGUUAUACAAAUUCCAAAUUUAUUGUGUAUAGUAUUAUUAGCAUUUUAGACUCCCAGCCGGCAUCAGUUUUAAAUAUGUAAAUUUCUAGCUAUCUGAUAACACCAAACCUGAUGUCUGUACUGCUUCAAUUUUCAAUCCUUUUGUUUGUUUGUUAUUUUCUCUUAAA